AUGUCUGCCCUCUUCAACUUCCAGUCCCUUCUCCUCGUCAUCCUCCUCCUGAUCUGCACAUGCGCCUAUGUGCACGACAUGUUCCCCAGCGUACUUGACAGGAAAAAGGACGGUCCGAUGGGCGUCUUUUGGAAAUGCGCCCGGAUAGGGGAGCGCCUGAGCCCCUACAUAAGUAUAUGCUGCGUCGGCAUGGCUUUGGAUGAUGGCUCGAAAGUUGCCGGGGGCGACACGUUGGUAGUGGAUGCUACUGCGAACCUCCAUUUUAGGGGCGCACACGAGACCACCAUUGCUACGAGCCUGGGCUGA